AUGGGAAACUGCCGGUGUGAACUGAAAAAUGCCCUGCAGCAGACCACAGGGAAGAACCAGAAGAGGCCCAGCUAUAUCGUACAGAUUCCUAAGCCACUGGGGAAGGAUGUUCCCCCACACAGGCAGAAGAAAGCCAUGCCAGAUCCCACCUCAACAAAGAGCGCACAGUACAUUUUUCAGCUGCAGCCAAGUUUCAGCCAGACAACACUGCUGGAAAGCAGCCCAGUCAGUCAAGAGGAGCCAAGUUUCAGCCAGACAACACUGCCGGAAAGCAGCCCAGACAGUCAAGAGUGGUUCUGGACAAAGCAACCUGUAGAAAGCAACAAGAUGAUGAAAACCUUUCUUUCAUUCAAGACAUUGAAAUCCUACCUUCUUGGCCCUAGAAAAGCAGCCAAAGAGGGUCCUUCUCCAAGUAUUCUCGGGAGCAUCUCCACAGUUACGAGAGAGGCUGACGACAGCAUCAGGAAUACACUAACCUUUGCAAACAGCAUCACUGCAGAGGAGCAUACGAGAACAGCAUCACCCAGGACAAUGCAGGUGUCAUUACAAAGCCAGUUUCAAGCCACAGGUUCUCCCCCUCAUAGAUUGGUCAGCUCACCUGACCAUGCUAUGACAAAACCAGCAGAAGACCUAUGGGCAGAAGAGUUUUACAGGACAGGUCUGAAAAGGGGAUUGCUCCCAAGCUGGACAGAAGUGCCUAUGGUUGAAAAGGCAGAACUUGGAGAAGGCCAGAAGGUCGAGGAAAUCUCUUCUCAGGAAGCCACGUGCAAACCCAAGACCAAUGUUGUUUUUCUGAAAGUCCAUAAGAGUGCCAGCAGCACUGUCAUGAACAUCCUCUUCCGCUUUGGUGAGAUGCACAACCUCACCUUUGCCUUCCCCGUCAAGGGUGGCAGCCAGCUCUUUUACCCACACCACUUCUUGGCAAGGUUUGUGCAAGGGUUCUCUGCUGAGAGUGCUCCGCAGUUCAACAUCCUCUGCCAUCACAUGCGGUUCCUACGGCCAGAGGUGCAGAGAGUGAUUCCAAGGACGGCCAUAUAUUUCUCCAUCCUGAGAAACCCAGUGCAGCUCAUGGAGUCCUCCUUCACGUACUACAAGGGCACAUCAGCCUUCUCCCGCGCCCACAGCCUGGAGGAGUUCCUCAGCCAGCCCUACCGCUUCUACAACCCUGCAGUUGGCGACAGCCACUAUGCCAGGAACCUCAUGACCUUCGACUUUGGCUUCAAUCCUGAUGCAGACAUCUCACCAAAGCGGGUGCACCUGAUGCUGAAGGCCAUUGAGGCAUCCUUUGACUUGCUCCUUAUCUCUGAGUACUUCGAUGAGUCCAUGGUGCUGCUGAAGGAAAUAAUGUGCUGGGACCUGGACAGUGUCGUGUCCUUUCCACUCAACAGCAGGCAUAACAGUACCAGGUCCCCCCUCUCAGACAGCAUGGUGGAGAAGAUAAAGAACUGGAACAGGCUGGACUGGGAAAUUUACAGCCAUUUCAACAAGACCUUCUGGGAGAGGAUUGAUCGAGAUAUCGGCAGGGAACGCAUGCAGCAGGAAGUAAGGGCACUUCAGGAGAGGCAAGCAGAGCUGGCAGAGAUCUGCCUGCAAGGAAGAGGAAGCGUAUCCCCUAAAGACAUCAAGGAUUCUUCCCUGAUGCCACUGCAAUUUGGCAAUGCCAAAAUCUUAGGCUAUAACCUCAAGCAGGGCUUGGACAAGAAGAUGGAGCACAUAUGCCGGCGGAUGGUGACACCAGAGCUCCAGUACAGCAGCGCUUUGUACAAGAAGCAGUUUCCCCAGAAACUCUCGCAGAUCCACAAGCCAGUUCCCUCACUGCAGGGCAUGCAGCAGCGCAACACCCUCAGGAGACCUGUGGCAUAGGCUGGAGGGAACCCACAACUGACUGACCUUGUCCUCCUCAGGCUUCAUUCUCCAGCUCUCCUCUGCUGAGUACAGCAAGGCACCAAGCUGUGGUGCACCUGUCCAGCCAUGAGGAGGGAGCUCGAGCUGCUGCUCACCUAAUGUGCCCUAGGGUUUAAGUAAGGUGUUUCUCUCCCCCAGGGAGUGACCAAGUUGGUGGGCUGGUGACCAUGUGCUCUGUCAGAGCCCCUGGAAACCUCUGUCUCUGCAGGAUUAUGCAAGUCCUUGGGUGUUAUGCACUGCUCUUGCUGCAAAGCAGGGCAGGGCUCAACAGAGGCUCUGCACAGUGACAGGUCCCAGGGGCUCAUCUUGACAGGGCUCUCCCGGGGUAGGUCCUGAACAAGCAGGGCAGGAAUCCCUGACUCACAACCAAAGCAUCAGAGCAGCCAGUUCAGGGGAUGGAAGCAGACGGAGCAGAUGCCAGGAGGCUUCAGGCUGUAGCAGAGCUGAACACAGCUGGGGGGAGCAGGAGAAAGGACAGGCCACACUCAGCCAAGUCCACCAUCAUAAGGGUGCUUGUCACAGCAGACAAAACCACAGCUCUCCACCGUGGGGUGUAUGUUGUUCUCUGAUGGCUCUGCCAGGGUGCUGUCUAUUCUGUCACACAUAUGAUGUUUGAGAGGAAUUAAACACAAGGCAUGUGGAAACACCACCAAGAGUCCAGUUCUUACCCUACAGACCAGGGAGGUGAA